UAUAGCGUGUGCUGUGUUGACUCUAGUCAUUGUUAUCUGUAUAUUCAUCUUCUAUAACUUUUUCUGCCCACUCAAUUGCUUUACUUAUAUCUUGCAUGUUUGUUGUGUUAUUGUUAUUCCUUAGUUUAAUAUUGAUGGGAUGCAAAGGGUGCUGCUGGCCCAGAGCAGGCCCAGUCGUCGAGCAUGAUGGAGCUCAUCCAACAAGACAUCAACGUACAGAUCCAAGGCUUUGGUGUGUCCCUGGUGAACAACACCAUCAGACAGGAAAUAUUGUACGUGGCCAUCGCCAGCUCGGGCAUCAUCUGGGAGACGUGUAAGCUCAAAUCCAAACGAUUCAAGCCGGUGCCCAGCAAGGACACCGAACACAUCGAGGAGGCCUCCCAGUUGUACCAAAACCGUGUGAUGGCUGGCGAUAAGCCACCGCAUCGAGUCUCGACCGACGGCAAGACGGAAAUCGACUUCGAAACCAUGGAGUACUACAAGCCGGGCAGGAGGAACAUCAGACGUUGCUACCAAACCGGAUUGUGGCUUAACCUGAAGACCAGUUCCAAUCAGAUGCAGCUGCACGUCAAAGUUAACAGGAUUCAGAUCGACAAUCAGAUGUUCGAUUGUCUGUUUCCGGUUAUCCUGGCCCCGGUACCGCUACCCAAGAGUGUUGCUGUUGCUCCGAUGACUCCCCAUCAUCAUAACAAUGUUCCGGUUGUUUUCUAAUAUAAAGCAGUUUAUUUUUAAUACAGUAACACAAUGAUUUUUCUUUCUCCGUUAAUAGUUGUUCUAAUUUGCGAAUCGUUUCACUCACUGUUUCCAUGAUGAUGCUUUAAGUUUCUUAAUUUCAUCAACAACUUACGUUUCAGUGCAUAUAAAUUAAUGUCUUGUUGAAGUUUUCUUAAUAUUCCCAAAUGUAGUAGUAAUAGUAGCAGUAGGAUACAUCAAAAACACAAUGAGAAAAAAAUCAAUAAAGCAUCAUGUAUUUAUUGAA